CUCAAAUCCAUAGACAUCAGCAUGUACACCCAUACACACACAUCUUUAUUGCUACAGAGGUAAUUUAACCAAGGAGGAGGAAACACCAUCCCUGACAGAGCUGAGGCAAAUCCUCUGGAUGGACAAGAAGCCGGUGACACCUGUCAAUCAAGUCUGGCCGAACCUCUACAUCGGAGACGAGUCUGUGGCGCGAGAUAAAACCACGCUUUCCUCUCUGGGUGUAACUCACGUACUGAACGCUGCAGCAGGUCGACACAGGAUCAACACAGGUCAACAGUUUUACAGUGACCUCAGGGUGGAGUACCAUGGUGUCGAAGCUGCAGACCAUCCGGAGUUUGACCUUCAACCUUUCUUCAGGCCGGCUGCACAGUUCAUAGACGGUGCACUCAAGAAAAAUGGGAAGGUGUUUGUCCACUGUGCCAUGGGUGUGAGCCGCUCUGGAGCACUGGUUCUGUCGUAUCUCAUGAUCUGUCAGGGCCUGUCAUUGGCUGAGGCCAUCAUCUCUGUCCGUCUGAGCCGAGACAUUGGACCCAACUCUGGGUUUCUGGAGCAGCUGAGGCAACUGGAGCUGAGCCUCCGUCCACAGAACAGCCGGAGCCCACAGGAGGACGAUGACCACAUAAAAUCGAUUUAUCGUAACUCAUAAAAAGAAUAAAUGACAACACUCAAAUAACAAAUAGAAAUGUCAUCCCUCUGUCUAGUAGCCUAUCUCCUCCCCAGAAACAAAUUGUGCAAUACAACAACUGAAUGCUUCACGUUUUGUGACUCUGGAAAUAACCGAUCCCCACACCUGUCCACACAUUAGUGACAUUCCUGUGAUGAAAAUGAUGCAACAUGCUACUCUCACGACACUU